GUGUGUUCCUCCCAGCUGCUGGAGACUAAGACUACCGACAGAAAGCAGACCCUGCUGCAUUACAUAGCCAACGUGGUGAGAGAGAAAUACCCCGGAGUUGCUCUGUUCUACAAUGAGCUGCACUAUGUAGAGAAAGCUGCCGCAGUGUCCCUGGAGAACGUGGUGUGUGACGUGAAGGAGUGUCAGCGUGGUAUGGAGCUGUCGUGGAGGGAGUACAGCAUGCACGGCCACAACCCACUCCUCAAAGACUUUAUCAGCAAACAUGAGACUCGCCUGCAGAAACUACAGGAAGACGCACACAUCGCACAGGAUGCAUUUGACGAUGCGGUGAAGCACUUUGGAGACAGCUCUAAGACCAUGCCUCCCUCUGUCUUCUUCCCUGUGUUUGUACGAUUCAUCAAAGCCUACAGGCUGGCGGAGGAGGAGAAUGAGCAGAGGAGGAGGCAAGAGCAGGCGCUGAUGGAGAAGCUGGAGCAGGAGGAGCUGCAACAGGAGCAGGAGGCGCCUAAGUCCCCGUCCAACCGUCCAAAGCAGCGGCAGCCGGAGUCCCUGAUCACAGAGCUGAGGAGGCGACAGGGCGGUAAAGACAGCAGACAUGUCUACGAGGGCAAAGAUGGGGCUAUAGAGGACAUCAUUACAGUGCUGAAGACCGUCCCUUUCACUGCCAGGACGGCCAAACGCAGCUCUCGCUUCUUCUGUGAUCCCACCCACACUGAAUAACACUGCUAAACUCUCAGAGAGAGAUAUAGAGAUGGUAGAGAUAGAGAGAGAGAGAUGAGGGAGAGAUACUGUUGGAGAGAUAUACAGGGUAGAGGGGAGAGAGAGGGGUGAGGGAAAGCUAGGUGGGAGAGAUAAAGGAAAAUAACAAUGCGAUAGAGGAGAGAAGCGUGGGGAAAAAGAGAGGCAGUUAGAGAGAGGGGGGAGAGAGAGAGAGAGACGGACCCAGCCUCUGGAGUAGUGACUCUACCAGAGAGAAGCUGAACUCUGAACUUUGAACUCUAUAGCAAGACAGACAUCAAGAUUACCUGUGACCUCACCUGUCUGGUCUGACAUCACUGCCCCCCCCCACCCCCCAUCCCCUCUGUGUUACUUACACAUGUUAUGAAGCUUCUUCGCUGAUUAUUACUGUUUAUAACCCUCCCAUAGCCCUGAACUGUAGCCCUGGAAUCAACCUGCAACCCACCAUGCACUUUGACUUUCUGUCCUCUAAACCCAAAGACUGUUGAAGGGUGUUGGGUGAGAGGGAGGAACUUGAUACGCGAUGACAGUGACUGGACAAUUAGUAGCAACACAGUCUGGUCAUUUAAUAGCUACAUAGCAUUGCCAGUUUAUCAGUUAAUAGCAGACAUGACAAGCAAAACAGAACAGCAAAAAUAAACUGUUGUUUUUUGUCCAAUUAGUAUUAGUGAUGUACAGUAUGUGUCUCUAAAGCUGUGUGAUGAUGUCAGCAAAUGACAUGAUCGCUGUCAUAGGAUAUUAAGAAGGGAGGGGGAGAAGUUUGAAGAGUUUCUUCUUGUUGAACAUUCCAACCAAUUCUAAUUGAUAAUGACAUCACAAAGGGUUCUUAACCCACUCCCGUCCAGCUGUAAGAUGCCAGAAUUGAACACUGAGAAUAGUGUUCGAAAAGCUCACUCCUACAAGGUUCCCUCUUCUCUGUCUGCUGCUGUGUGACAGUGAAACUUGUACAGCGCUCGCUACAUACACUACAUUGACUGUGUUUACUAUUUACUACCUUUAAUACCUUUGACCUCCAACAGGGUUUUUUUCAAAGCUCAGGCCCUCCAGUUCCUCAGUCCUGCUGGUUUUCCUUUCUCCCUGGCACUUGAUUGAUCGUUUAAUGUUACUGAUAAUGAUUGGCUGCAGAGUGCACACACACCUGGUUUCCCAGGUAGAAAUCGGUCUCUGAUUAAGAGAAGUAUGAAAACCAGUAGACACUGUGGCCCUCGAGGACAGGAGUUGAUACCCCUUACUACCCUAAAAUAAAGGUCCCUGUCUUAUCCUUGCCUGACCAUCCAAAAGUCCCAGUCUGUUUCUGCAUUAUAGCCAACUGACUCCUUUGUUGUGAUCUUGUCAAGGUGAGGUAAAGGAUGUAGUGUUCUUGAAUGCAGAAAGUCUGGCACCUAGGCUACCACACCACCAAUGAUCUUCCCUGGCUCAUGGGACUAGGCUACCACACCACCAAUGAUCUUCCCUGGCUCAUGGGACUAGGCUACCACACCACCAAUGAUCUUCCCUGGCUCAUGGGACCAACUUUUAGGGAGACUCGAGAGGGAUCGCUCCAUUUCAUUAAAAAAUCAUUUAAAAAAAUUAACUGCAAAAAACAACAACAGCACAAUACUUUUCUACGUGUAUAUAUAUUUUCUAGGGAAUCCCGCUUGUUGCUUUUAUCCCCCACUCCCACCCCUGCUGUUUGUCAGUGUUGAUGUUCAUUCUUAAUCUGCACUCGUUGUGUAAAUAAACUGUAUCCAGUCAGA